UCCGGAGCCGGCGAGCGAGAGCCCAGGCGCGUCCCCGCGGCGGCGGCGGAGGGGUGGGCUGUCCGGGCACGCGCGCUCCCGCCCCGCCCGCAACAUGGCCGAAGUGGGCAUCGACCGCUCCAAGCUGCCGGGCGUCAAGGAAGUGUGUCGAGAUUUUGCUGUGCGGGAGGAUCACACAUUGGCCCACAGCCUGCAGGAACAGGAAAUUGAGCAUCACUUGGCCACCAACAUCCAGCGUAACCGCCUGGUCAAGCAUGACUUGCGGAUGGCCAAAGAGCUGCAGGAGGAAGAAGACCGCCGGGCCAGGGCUCGGCUGCAGGAGAAGCACAAGGACUUAGAACGCCAAGACUGCGAGAUCGCCCAGGAAAUCCAAGUCAAGCUGGUCAUCGAAGCCGAAGAGCAGCGACGGCAGGAAGAGGAUGAUGAGGACAUCGCACGGAUCCUGCAGCAGAAGGAACUGAAGGAGGAGAAGAGAAGGAAGAAGCUUCCCCCGGAGCCCCUGCGCUUGGCCGCUUCUGAAGAAGCCCCCUGCCCAGAGAACAGAGACCGCUGGUCCGGGAGUCCCCGGGAACUGGGACCCAAAGACCCUCAGCCCAGGAGCGCUGGUGGGCAGCCCCCCCAAACGAGGGAGCCUUGGAGGGGGCCCCCGCUGGUUCCGGAGGGCCUCGACUUGGAGACUUGGGAGAGUGGCUCAGGAACGCGGAAGAGCAAGGACGUCUGGAGGAAGGAGCGGCGGGAGAGGAAGAAAGACGGACCCGAGAGGCCUCCCUAUCCGAAGGGUCCUCCAGAUGUGGUGGAGGAGGAGGAAGCCCCCGGCAGGCCCCGCAGUCGCCCCAACAGGAGCCAGGAGAAAUCUCGGGGGCCGCUCCUGCUGGUCUUGGAUGCAGAACCUCCCCCGGCCAGUCGAGGUAGCAGGGACCCGAAGAUGCCUCGGAGCCCCGAGAGACCCCAAAGGACGCCCCCUCCUCUUAUGGAUCAGGAAGAGAAAUGGAGAAGCGGGCAUGGCAGCCGUGGGCCCCAAGGGCCGGGGGAACGGGGUCCGAGCCCCACCGGGAGAGAAAGGCGAGUGGGAAGACGUCACGGCCAAAGCCCCUCCCCUAAUCCGGACCCUGGUGGGCUCCCACCUCUGGAGGAUCGUGGUUCCCCCAGGCCCCCUGCCCACCACGCCUGGCACCAGGACUUGGACGCUGGCUACCUGCACUGCCCCAGAAGGGAGAAUGGAGAAAGGGAACCCAGGGGGGCACGGGCCUCCCCCACCUCCCACCGCAGGGACAGGGAAGGCAGGCGCCCUCGGAAUCCAGGGACAAAACCCCGGGGGCCGAAAGAAGACGCCUAUGCCAGGCACCAAGUGGGGGCUUCCAGGGACCCCGAAGCCUACGAUGCCGAGAUUGCCUGGAAGUUACAGGAGGAGGAGCUGCUGGCCAGCCAGGUGGACAGGAGGGCUGCACAGGUGGCUCAAGAUGAGGAAAUAGCUCGCCUUCUGAUGGCAGAGGAGAAGAAAGCUUUCAAAAAAGCCAAGGGACGGGAGAAGAAGAGGCAGGACCAAGAUUGGAAGCAGGAGACCCCCGAGGUGCCGUGUGGACGGUCAAGGGAAGGAUACGACCCUCACCGAGGCCGGAGUGAGAAGCCCACACGAGCUGCUCCCCCCUUGACCAAGGAGUUGGACCCUCCGUCUGGCCUUGCGCAUCAGCAGAACGUGGCCCACCAGAUAUCCAAAUCAGAGUCGGCUCAUAAAGGUCACCCCUAUAAGCAAUAGGAGGAAGCCUCCCUAGUCCAUUCUCCUCCUUCUCCUCCUCCUUCUUCUAUAGAGACUGGCUUUUCCAUACAGCAGGCUUCUUUGCGUUUCUUCCAAGAGAUACCCUGAUGUCCCUUCUCCAAGGAGGACCACCACCCUUUCCAGCAGGAGAAUGUCCACAAAGCGUGCCUCUUCCUCCUCCUCCUCCUCCCCCUCCUGCCUGUUGCAGGGCGAUGUCCUCCUUGGCUCUGGCCUCUCUUGUCUCUCUGUCCGGCUGGCCAGUGAAGCCCAGCCUUUGGGCAACUCUCACCCCACCUGCACCCCGAGAAUCUUUCUCGAGCUUCCAAGACUUUGUGGCUUUGGGUCCAUAGCUUUCUGUGGGCCGAGCACAAGAGUAGGACGUCGUGGCCCCAGAUGGAGACCAGGGGAAGGCCAGGGAAGGUUGGAAUCGGUCAGCCAGGAAGGUGGCCGUCUUUAUGGUCACGGAACCUCCACGGGAGAGACAUUCAGGUGGCUGGGAUCAGGCCAGAGGUGGGUUCUGUGGUCGGAAUGGGUCAGUGUUUCUUCUGGAAUGGACCAACCUCAAACAUCUGGAGAUGUUUCCUCAAGCAAGUAUCUUUUGCCUGGGAUUCUGAGCACUCUUUCUUCUCUUGAGAAGAAGGCUUCCAGGAAGGAGAGAGAGAGAGAGAGAUGUCCGUGUCCUGUUCUGGGAAAGAAAAAUGGGAUCCCCCCCCCCCUGGAAACACUAGGUCAUUUUAGGAUGGACUCAACAGCUUCGUACAUUUUUUAGGUUAGCCCUUCCUUGUUUUCCAAACCUUUCCUGAAGGAGAGGAACAACAUGAGAUUAGUUUUGGGUUUGUUUUUUUUAAAUAAUAAUUUCCCAUCAACUCAGAAAUACAUUCAUCAGGAACAUCAUUUGGGAUAAAUAAUGAUGACUCAGGUCUGUUUUAUUUUAAUUUUUUUUAAGCUUAGUUUUCAACAGCCAGAGAAGGAGCACAGAAUUUAGACACCCCAUCCUUAAAAUGCUGCAAAGGAGGCCCUUGAGGCCCCCAACCAACUUCCCUCUCCCCCCUCCCAAGAUGCUCCACCCGGUCCCUGAAUUUUUCUUGUUCAGAUUUAAUAACCUUUUACGGGUGUUGCAAAAUACAGGGUGUCCUGAACUGACCAAGCGUCCUUGAUUCACACAGCGGAUUUAAGCCACAAGGGAAGAAGGGAAGCAAGAUUUAAGAUAGUCCAGUUUAGGAAAUUUGGGUCAACGCAGCUGUGGGAUUUUUUAUUUUUUUUUACUGACCUGGGUAAAAGUGAUGUGUGAAUGUAAGCCGUGGAUGAGUAUUAGCACAUGAGUGUAUCUCAAUUGGAACAACUUGGAAGAUGACUCCCAGAAUUCCCCAGCCAGCUAUGCUAAGAUGAGAGGAUUUCCACUCCCGACGCUACGCUGGCUGGGGGAAUUCUGGGAGUGGAAGUCCACUCAUUUUCCAAGUUGUUUCAAUUGAGAUACACUGGCCUAAAAUAGACUUAGAAUAAAUCUUAAUAAAUCUUACAGAAUGGACAUCCAGCUCCAGUAUUUUUGAAAUAUUACAGCACAAUGAAGCUUUUUUUGUUAAAAUAUACUUUGGGAUCCUGGAAGGAGAGCAUCCAUAGUUAUUGGAAGUUCCAUAGUUUGAAAUGUGUUUGUAAGAAAAGAAAAAAAACCUGAAGCACGGAAGCUGUUUUUGGAAAGUACGAAUCCUACCGGAAUAUCACACGCAGAUUGAAAGUGCCUUCAACCUCUUUUUCUCCCUCGGGGAGCCCAGCAGCUCGGUUGGGACUGUGUGACCCACACAACGUUGUGUUGUUUUGUGUUGUUUGGGGGGGGGAGGGUAGCGAGGUGAGGACGAUGCUUUUCAAUGUAACUGACGCAUUUCUUGCCCCUUUUCUGUCCGCUGCUGGGGGGGUGGGGGGAUUUAAUUAAAAUCUCCAGGACAAAUUUGUCUGUAAAAGCCCCUUCCCUGCCUUGCCUAGAUUUUGCUGCCUGGUCUCCUCUCUUGAAAUAUGACAUUUUUCCCCCCCAUAUUAAUUUUGAAGUCUUGUCUUGUGACGGCGCCACGCUGACGAUGUCCAAUGUAUUUCCUAAUUUUGGUUUGGUUUGAUCUUUCUGUCCUAUCCACCGUUUCCUUUUUGUAUAUAGUUUUAUUUCAAUAUGA